AUGAAGGAGACGCUCAUGUUCGCGGCCAUGCUGCGGCUGCCCGAGGACACGGAGGAGAUUGCAGAGACACUCGCCCCUCCUCUCGCUCAUCCUCUCCCCCUCAUCCACCCCCCCGCCUCCACCCCCCGGCAGGUGAAACAGAUGCUCAUGUUCGCAGCCAUGCUGCGCCUGCCCGAGGGCACGGAGGAGAUCCAAGAAUCAGUAAAGGAGACGCUCAUGUUCGCGGCCAUGCUGCGGCUGCCUGAGGGCACGGAGGAGAUCGACCAGAUCGUGCGAGUGGAGCAUGUGCUUGACUCGCUGGAGCUCACUCACUGUGCGGACAAGGUGAUAGGGCGCACGGGGCGCAAUGCAGUGCUGUACAACGAGCUCAGGCGCCUGGCCAUUGGGGUGCAAAUGAUUAGCAUACCCCGCGCCCUGCCCUCAUAUUGGUCCCCCCUCAACCGCUCUCAACCGCUCUCUUCCCACCCUCUUCCCCCCUCCGCCAAGAUGUUCUCUCUCUUCCCACCCUCUUCCCCCCGCCGCCAAGAUGUUCUCUCUCUUCCCACCCUCUUCCCCCCUCCGCCAAGAUGUUCUCUCUCUUCCCACCCUCUUCCCCCCGCCGCCAAGAUGUUCUCUCUCUUCCCACCCUCUUCCCCCCUCCGCCAAGAUGUUCUCUCUCUUCCCACCCUCUUCCCCCCUCCGCCAAGAUGUUCUCUCUCUUCCCACCCUCUUCCCCCCUCCGCCAAGAUGUUCUCUCUCUUCCCACCCUCUUCCCCCCUCCGCCAAGAUGUUCUCUCUCUUCCCACCCUCUUCCCCCCUCCGCCAAGAUGUUCUCUCUCUUCCCACCCUCUUCCCCCCUCCUCCAAGAUGUUCUCUCUCUUCCCACCCUCUUCCCCCCGCCGCCAAGAUGUUCUCUCUCUUCCCACCCUCUUCCCCCCUCCGCCAAGAUGUUCUCUCUCUUCCCACCCUCUUCCCCCCUCCGCCAAGAUGUUCUCUCUCUUCCCACCCUCUUCCCCCCUCCGCCAAGAUGUCCUCUCUCUUCCCACCCUCUUCCCCCCUCCGCCAAGAUGUUCUCUCUCUUCCCACCCUCUUCCCCCCUCCGCCAAGAUGUUCUCUCUCUUCUCACCCUCUUCCCCCCUCCGCCAAGAUGUUCUCUCUCUUCCCACCCUCUUCCCCCCUCCGCCAAGAUGUUCUCUCUCUUCCCACCCUCUUCCCCCCUCCGCCAAGAUGUUCUCUCUCUUCCCACCCUCUUCCCCCCGCCGCCAAGAUGUUCUCUCUCUUCCCACCCUCUUCCCUCCUCCGCCAAGAUGUUCUCUCUCUUCCCACCCUCUUCCCCCCUCCUCCAAGAUGUUCUCUCUCUUCCCACCCUCUUCCCCCCUCCGCCAAGAUGUUCUCUCUCUUCCCACCCUCUUCCCCCCUCCGCCAAGAUGUUCUCUCUCUUCCCACCCUCUUCCCCCCUCCGCCAAGAUGUUCUCUCUCUUCCCACCCUCUUCCCCCUCCUCCAAGAUGUUCUCUCUCUUCCCACCCUCUUCCCCCCUCCGCCAAGAUGUUCUCUCUCUUCCCACCCUCUUCCCCCCUCCGCCAAGAUGUUCUCUCUCUUCCCACCCUCUUCCCCCCUCCGCCAAGAUGUUCUCUCUCUUCCCACCCUCUUCCCCCCUCCGCCAAGAUGUUCUCUCUCUUCCCACCCUCUUCCCCCCUCCGCCAAGAUGUUCUCUCUCUUCCCACCAUCUUCCCCCCUCCGCCAAGAUGUUCUCUCUCUUCCCACCCUCUUCCCCCCUCCGCCAAGAUGUUCUCUCUCUUCCCACCCUCUUCCCCCCUCCGCCAAGAUGUUCUCUCUCUUCCCACCCUCUUCCCCCCUCCGCCAAGAUGUUCUCUCUCUUCCUACCCUCUUCCCCCCUCCGCCAAGAUGUUCUCUCUCUUCCCACCCUCUUCCCCCCUCCUCCAAGAUGUUCUCUCUCUUCCCACCCUCUUCCCCCCUCCGCCAAGAUGUUCUCUCUCUUCCCACCCUCUUCCCCCCUCCGCCAAGAUGUUCUCUCUCUUCCCACCCUCUUCCCCCCUCCGCCAAGAUGUUCUCUCUCUUCCCACCCUCUUCCCCCCUCCGCCAAGAUGUUCUCUCUCUUCCCACCCUCUUCCCCCCUCCGCCAAGAUGUUCUCUCUCUUCCCACCCUCUUCCCCCCUCCGCCAAGAUGUUCUCUCUCUUCCCACCCUCUUCCCCCCUCCGCCAAGAUGUUCUCUCUCUUCCCACCCUCUUCCCCCCUCCGCCAAGAUGUUCUCUCUCUUCCCACCCUCUUCCCCCCUCCGCCAAGAUGUUCUCUCUCUUCCCACCCUCUUCCCCCCUCCGCCAAGAUGUUCUCUCUCUUCCCACCCUCUUCCCCCCUCCGCCAAGAUGUUCUCUCUCUUCGCGCCCGCAUCUCCCAACCCCCCUGUCAGGCUCCAUGGGGCCGGGGCGCUCCACAUUACAAUAAGAGCGUUGCAUUCCUACGCGCUAGCGGGGCGGGCGGUAGUGCCAACAAUGAAGCCGCCAUCAUGAAAGAUGUUCUCUCUCUUCACUCACCUCCUUCUCAUCACCACCGGCAACCCCAUCUUCUUCACCCUUUGCUCUCUUUCCCCUCUUCCCGCUCCCCUUCCCGCUUUCUCCCAUCCCUCUUUCUCCCAUCCCUCCGCCCUUUUUCCUCAAUACCCUCUUCCCAAUCAGUGGUAGCAACAAUGAAGCAGCCGUCCUCCAAGAUGUUCUCUCUCUUCACGCACCUCCUCCUCAUCACCGACGGAAACCCCAUCUUCUUCGGCGCGGCUGAUGCCGCUCUCCCCUACUUCGACUCCAUCGGCUACACCAUGGCCCCGGACACCAGCGCUGCCGAGUUCUUCCUCGUGAGUGCCUGUGCCCUCACUGCUCCUUGUUUGAAGAAGUACAUUAGUGCUGCCGAGUUAGUCCUGGACCUGACGGCCCCCGAAGCAGCGGACGCAUCGAUUCAUUUCGGCACGUCCACCAACCUCAUCCGCCUGUGGGCCACCGGUGACGCCGCCAGGGAGAUAGAGCGAGCCGCCAUGCCCUCUGCUGCUGCUGCCUCUGCUAAGAGACGCAAGGGGAAAGACGCUGGGAAUGGGGAUGUUGAGGAAGGGGAGGGAGCAGGAGGGGGAGCGGGGACAGGAGGGGGAGAGGAAGGGGGUGUGGGAACUCGCGUGAGGGAUGUAGAUGCAACUACAGACUGGCGGGUAGCGAGUGGGGGGGGAGGGGGGGGGGGGAGGGGGAGGGGGAGGAGCGGGUGGGGGAGGAGGGGGAGGAGGCGGAGUGGGGAGUGGGAAGAGGUGGGUGACGUCAUGGGGUUACCAGUUCCGUGUGCUGGCACGGCGGCAUGUGCUGUCGUAUCGGGUGGUGAAUCAGGACUGGAUCUUCGUGGGUGUGGUGGCGGCAAGCCUGGUUGUGUGCUCCUUACUGCCAGCCCUCCAAUCCACCUCACCCCAUCCACACCAGGCUGCCUGUGGUACAAGCGCGACCCCACCACAGCCCAGGGAGUUCGCGACCUGGCAGGGCUGAUUUUCUUCUCACAGUUCUUCUGGGGCCUCGUGCCCAUGCUCACCUCCGUCAUCACCUUUUUAGAAGACCGCAAGUCAGUCCAAAAAGAGCAAGAGGACGGCGUGUAUCAUAUCUCCGCGUACUACGCCGCCCGGACGCUCCUCAGCCUGCCGUACGAGAUCCUGCCACCUGUCUUCUACAGCCUCAUCGUCUACUGGAUGACCGGGCUGAACCCGUCGGGCGGCCGGUUCGUCUUAUUCACUCUCGUCCUUAUCCUAGAUACGAUGGUGGCUUCGUCCAUUGGGAUGGCGGUCGGCACGGCAUCGUCUACAGUGAAACAGGGGAUCUCAAUAGCGGCGAUCCUGCAGCUGCUGUCGGUGAUGGUCGUGCAUUUCUUGUCUCUCAGUCCCCCCGACUGGGUGGGGUGGACGCAGUACCUCUCCUUCUCCACCUACGUCAACAAGUUCGUGCUGCACUCUGGACUGCUUUAUUGGCUGCGUUCUUUGCUUCAUCUUUCCUCUUGCACGCUCACUCAUUUGCCCUCAAUCGUCCCCCCCUCCCCACCACCCCUUUCCGCUGCCUGGCCCAUUCAUGCCGCAAUUUCCCACUCGCCAGUUCGCUCCUGGGGCAAGUGGGUGUGCGAGAUUCGCGAGCCGCGCACGCGCGCGCGCGUGUGGCUGGGAUCGUACAGUUCUGCGGAGGAGGCCGCGCGCGUCUACGACACCGCUGCACUCAUGCUGCACGGAGCGCACGGCGCGGAGCGCCGGCUGAACUUCCCCCACGCGGCGGCGACCUCCAUCGAGGGCGGAAUCCGCAUGCGCCCCGUCGUGGUCUCCCGCGCAACGGCGGAGUCCCUCCUCCGCGCGGCGCGCAACCUCGCCGCGUCCGCGACCGGCGCGGAGUCUGCGGCCGCGGAAGCGGACACGAAGUCAUUCAACAGCGAAUGGGUACAGAUGGAAAUCGCGGGCGGUAACGUCCUCUUUGCGGAGUGCCCCGCGCCCGGGCUCCUCCCAUUCACCCCCAUCGCUCCAGCUCCCGCCGUUGCGCCGUCGGUCCCCGCUGCCGCCCCCGCGCCUGCUGCCAAUCCCUCAUCUUCUCCUGUCCCCACUCUCUCGUCUUGCGACAACCUGCCCGUCGCAUCGUUCACAAGUGCCGCCGACGUCGCAGACGUUGCGUGCUUCAGCAGUUACAACGACAGCAGCUCUAUUCUGGAGCUUCCAGAGCUCCACUGGCCGGAAAUCGAGAAGUCCGAGUCGACACUCUUCGAGGACGCCUGGAAUCUGUCCGAUGAGGAGCUUUUCGGCUCCGUUUCCGCUUCCGCCUCCGCCUCCGCUUCCGCUUCCCCCUCCCGCGACUCAGCCUUCGCCUGGGAGUCCGAGUCCGCCGCCCCGCUCGAGAGCCCCGUUCCGUUUUUCCCGGUCGAGGACGAGGGAAUUCAGUUCGUGCCGUCUCCGCCGACGCUUCCGCUGGUGUUCCCUGCACCUGUCAACGCGCCCUUGUCGCCGUCUUCCUCUUACGACAGCGUGUCGCGCUCCGCUUCCGUCGGCACGGCCUCCGCCGCCUCCGCGGGCUCCGCGGGGAACGCGCAGCAGCAGCAGCGCGCGGACGUGCUGGUGUCGCUGGUGCGCGAGUUGACGAGCAUCACGGCGGUGCUGCAGCACCUGCAGAAGGAGCAUCAGCUGCGGCUGAUGCAGCAGCAGCAGGCGCAGGUGCAGCAGUAG